AUGCACGAUCCAUCAAUAGUCUAUUUUCAGGCGUUAAAACGUCUUCUCCGAUACGUGCAAGGGACACUUCAUUAUGGUCUCCCGAUCAUUCCUUCCGAACCAACCUUAAACACCUACAUCGAUGCCGACUGGGCCUUCGAUCACUCUGAUUGGAAAUCGAUCACCGGAUUCUGUUCGUACCUUGGAGCGAAUCUCAUCUCUUGGUGUGUGAAAAAGCAAAUCACCAUGGCUAGAUCAUCUACAGAGGCGGAAUACAGGGCGCUCGCCUCCGCCACAUCCGACACUCUCUGGCUCCGUCACUUACUAGCUGAAUUCCAUAUCUCCCAGUCUCAGCCAGCCCAUAUACACUGCGACAACCUCUCCGCGCCAUAG